AUCCCAAGGUUCUCAAAUUCCUUCCUUCUUUCUUUCGAAACGAUCGAGAUGUUGUUCGAAUGGCCAUUUCACAGGAUGCCAGUUCCCUGGAAUAUGCCGCGGCAGACUUGAAAUCAAAAGAGAUGGUGUUGCAAGUUGUGAACAAGAGUGGAAUGGCACUCAAACAUGCGGGUGACAUGUGGAGACGAGACCGAGAGAUUGCCGAGGCAGCCGUGCGGCAUACGGGUGCGGCCAUUCAGUUUGUGGCAAAAGAGGUGGUCGAUGCACAUCCCGAAAUUGCAAGGACAGCCGCCAAACGUAAUCUGGGCGCUAUCCAAUGCAUUCCAGAACCUCUCAAAUCCAAGCUGAGAAAUGAUCCGAAAAUCGUGGCCAAAGCAGGCCGCGGCCUCCCGCCGUCGGCGUUUUGGUGUCAUGUGGGAGAAACGCUCCGAAAACGUGUUGCAUCCGCAGUCUCGGCUCUCCGACAGCAUUGUGGAGUCUCUGGUACGGAUGAAAUCAAGUUGACAAUACACGACGAGAAGAGCAUAUUGCAGGUUGCAGAAGAGCUACGUGAGAGAAAGGAAGACCAAUUGAAUGAAAGCAUCACCAACCUAGUGGUUUGUACUCCUUUGCUUACGAUGUUUGCUGGAAGCAGCAGUUGUUGGGAUGAGGAGGCGGGGAUGACGUGGAAUGAACUACCUGUAUGAAUGGUAGUUGCGGACAGCAUGCUGGCUGGCCAGGCUAAUUUAUCAGAUGGAACGGUGAUACCUCCCAACAUGCUAUUUUGCGCCUAUACGAGGGAGUGACCUACGAGAAUUCCAGGGACUAAUAAUUAAACAGCAAUGGUUUUGAUGUGUACACAUCUCUACAUUCGAAUGCACAAUUAUUUACUUUCUCAUGGACUUGGUGAUGGCCUCGUAACCAAUUCCCACAGUUUUGCCUUCUUCCACGGGAAAUCCUUCCCCGGGUCCUUUGGCUCCUAGUCCCACCAGUAGCAGUAACCGACCAAUCAUUCCAAGAACGAACUUGGGAGCAUUGUGUUCUGCAAUCACUGUCAUUUGUGGCUGCUUGGCCUUGACUUGCGAAGCUGGGUCUUCUAGGAAUUUUCUGCCAUGAAAGCACAGAGUGGGUUUAUCCAGUACUUCUCUGGGAAAUGGGACUUCCUUCUCCCCGCAAUCAGUCAAGGGGGAUAUGGUGGGACAGUACACCAAAUUCAAAGGAGAACCAUCCGGGCUGAUACUGAGAGGUGUUCCACAACAGGUGGUAAAGACACGGCGAUUUUCCGUCUUGGGAGAAAUCUUCAUAUGUGCCAACAGCUCUUUGCCUGAGACUAAUUUGAUCUCACUCGAAUAGAACAAAAUGGUGGGAACUCCUGGGUUGAAGAAUGACUCUUGAAAAGCAUCCUCUGUUGAUCCCUCCUUCAGAACCUGUGCCACGAAAAGGGGAUCCAUAAAAAAUAAAUGAGUCGAGUCCGGCAAACAAAAACAGAUGCAGAUCACACGACCACGAAUGGUA